GAGGUCCCUGUCAACAAAAAUGGCGAACCACUAUGAAAUCCCCAAGUGGGCCGGCAAACCUCCUGUGGGGCUUCACCUGGACGUAGCCAAAGGGGACAAGCUUAUACAGAAGCUGAUGAUUGAUGAGAAGAAAUGUUACUUGUUCGGACGCAACCCUCAAAUGAAUGACUUUUGCAUCGAUCACGCCUCCUGCUCCCGGGUCCACUCCUCCCUCGUCUACCACAAGCAUCUCAACAUGGCCUUCCUUGUGGACCUCGGCAGCACACACGGCACCUACAUCGGCAAGAUCCGCUUGGAGAGUCUCAAGCCGACGCAGCUCCCCGUCAACUCCACCUUCCACUUCGGCGCCUCCACUCGCAUGUACACCCUCCGCGAGCGCCCGCAGACCGCCCCCAAGCCCGUCAUGGAGGAGCUGGAACGCAUGACAGAGGACAGCGACGGUGGGCUACUGGGCUUGCCGGAGACGGAGACGGAGCUGGAUAACCUCACGGAGUUCAACACGGCCCACAACCGGCGCAUCUCCAUGUUGGGCAUCGGCGAGGACGACCCCAAACAGCGCGGCCUCAAACGACACAAGUUCAACGUGAGCUUCAAGGACGAGGAGGAUGUCAUCAACCCCGAGGACGUGGACCCCAGCGUCGGACGAUUCAGGAACCUUGUGCAGACCACCGUCGUGCCCUCAAAGAAGCGCCGUCUGGACAUCAGCGGGCUCGUGUCAAGCAGCUCGGUGCGGGAGAUGGACGGAAGCAGUAAGGGCCACAUGCAGUUCCCGCGCGGCGAUGGCCUCUACGGCGACCUUCCCCCGGAGCAGCACGGCCACGGCGGCGGACACCACUCCAUGUUCUCCUCGCUCCUGUCCUCUAAGCUGGGGAUGCCGCUGCCGAACCCUGCGCCGGAGGUUGAGUUGGCGCCACCUGAACCCGUCGCGCCAGAGCUUCCGCCACACAUCCAAGUCUCCGUUGACCCCGACGAGCCCAAGAAGAAGAAGUACGCCAAGGAAGCCUGGCCGGGAAAGAAGCCAACCCCCUCCCUCCUGGUGUAGCCCCCCCUCACCCCCCUGCCAACCCCCAGCGCUCGGAGGAACAAGGGAACGCAAGGAAGACUAUAAUUUUAUACGACGCUGUUUGGGAAGUCGAUUUUAAACUAUGCUGAGUGGAGUGAGUAUGCGCGCGUGUGUGUGUGUGUGUGUGUGUAUGUGUGUUUUUCUCUCUCUCAGAUGGUUUUGUGUGUGAGCGAGCCAGUCAGUCAGUCAGUUGGUUAGAGUUCACACCGGAAGACCCUUUGUAUAAAUUUGUAUUUUUCUAGUGUAUUUUUUCUAUAGGUAGAGAAUGUUACGUUUUGGAUGUGCCCGUGUGUGUGUGUGUGUGUGUGUGUGCGCGUGUGUGUCUGUUUUUCUAUCUAUUUCGGACUUUUCCAUCUCUCUGUCUCUCUCUGUCUUUCUUUAUCUCUCUUUCUCUGUCUCUCAUUCCUCUCUCUCUCUCUGUCUUUCAUUAUCUCUCUCUCUUUCUCUGUCUAUCUUCCAUCUCUCUCUCUUUAUCAACUUUUCUGUCUGUCUCUCUCUCUAUGUCACUUUUCAUACCACCAAAACUUAUCGUAAAAAGUAUAAGUAUUACAAUGUGUGUGUGUGUGUGUGUGUGUAGGUUAAGGCUUUCUGUACAUUUCUCUGUUAACUUAAAUUUGAUAAGUAUUUUAACGACGAAAUGAGAAAAUACGACAUGAGUGUUCUGACGUUAACUGCCAACUCCUCUUCUUCCUCUUCCUUCCUCCUUUUGUCUUCUGUCUCCUCUUUUUCUCAUUUUUUUUAUCCUAUAGUAUUUUAAUUUCUUCUGUUUUGUCUUCCUCAUCCUUUUCUUCUUCUUCUUCCUCCCUUUUUAUCUUCUUUCUCCUCUUUUUCUCAUUUUUUUUAUCCUAUAGUAUUUUAAUUUCUUCUGUUUUGUCUUCCUCCUUUUCUUCUUCUUCCUCUUCCUCCCUUUUUAUCUUCUUUCUCCUCUUUUUCUCAUUUUUUUAUCCUAUAGUAUUUAAUUUCUUUGUUUCAUCAUCUUCCUCUUUUUUUUCUCAUUCUUUUUAAUCUUCUCCUGUUUUGUCUUCCUCCUCCUUUUCUUCUUCUUCCUCCUCCUCUCCCUCUUUCUCCUAUUUUAUCUUUUCCAUAUUUCACUUCUUCUGUUUUGUCUUCUUCCUCUUCUUUGUUUCAUCUUCCUCCUCCUCCUCUUUUCUUCUUCAUAUUCCUCCUCUUUCCUCUUCCUCCUUUUUCUGCAUCUUUUUUUUAUCUUAUUUGUUUCAUCUUCUUCCUCUUUCUCCUCCUCCUCCUCUUUCCUCUUCCUCCUUUUUCUACAUUUUUUUAUCUACUUUAUUUGGUCAUCUUCCUCCUCCUCCUCCUCCUCUAUGCACUUGUAAACAUUAAAAAAGAAGAACGAAACCUCCUUGACUUAAUCCUGACCCCUUUGAACUUGAUCAGCGUUACGUCUGUUAACUAUAAGACACACCUGCUAAUGGGGCGGUAAUUAAGGGGUCGUUAGGAAUGCCCAGGUUAUUAGGUUGUUAAGGACACAAGCUCGUUAGUCCAUAAGUGGGGUUUUUGUUUUGCGAGGGUAUGAUUUUUUUGUUUUUUUAAGGGGGGAUUAUGAUUUCCUAUUUUUUGUCUCAUGUUUCUCUCUCUCUCUCUCUCGUACAAAAGGUUAGGCUGUAUAUACUUUCUGGUAGACUGUUUGCCGUGUGUGUGCGAGCGAGUAAGCGAUCGGGUCAAUAAACUGUGUCAUUUGUUACAGGUCAUUUUCUUUCGUCUUUCAGAAUUUGUUUACGAGACACGUUUGCUUCAUUGAUAUUAUUACUAUUUCUUUUUUACAUCCCCACCUGUAGGCUUUCUCCAGGGGCCAGAUGGGCAGCCCAAGCGAUUUUUUAUAGUGGCGCCAGUUAUGCUUGGCUCAUGCUGCCCCCCGGAACUCAUUCUUGAUUCACUUGGACGGUUUCUUCUAGAGUCCGGGUUGAUGGGUGGUCUUCAGGGCAGCAUGUGGGUAGUCUUAGGCCACUCGGCGAUGACUGAAAAAUCCCAGGUGGUAGCGUGGGGAUUUGAACCGACGUCGUCCAUGGCGCAGUGAAUGUGAGCCCAGCACCCUAACAAUUUUCAGUCCAGAAUUUCUACUCUUUCCCUUUAGGAUUUUCAGUCCAUAAUUUCUACUCUUUCCCUUUAGGAUUUUCAGUCCAUAAUUUCUACUUUUUCCCUCUAGAAUUUUCAGUCCAUAAUUUCUACUCUUCCCUUUACAAUUUUCAGUCCAUAAUUUCUACUUUUUCCCUCUAGAAUUUUCAGUCCAUAAUUUCUACUCUUCCCUUUACAAUUUUCAGUCCAUAAUUAAAUUUCGGAAAAUAGAUUCUAGUCAAUCAGAAUUUACCUAUGAUACAAUUAUAGUUUUAGCCACUGCCUAAUUAUUUAUAUAUCACUAAAUUACUAAAUACAUGAAGUCUUGGUAUACAAAAACACAGGUGUAGUCAUGUGGUUUGUUUCUUUCUUACAAAACGGAAUCCCAACUGACAGCUUCGGACAGAUUACGUCACACACACACACACACGAAAUAAACUGUACACCAACACACACACACAAAUAUAUACGUACACACACACACACAUACGUACUGUCAGAGAGGAGGCUUACAUAUCCCUUGUAAAAUAUAAUGAUAAGUUACCAUCGGA